AUGGAGUCCCUUUCUGUCAAUAAAUUACCAGCAUUCUUGCCGAUACUGGAGAGCUCGAAACCACAUACCUUUCUCAUUCCAACUAAACGCAUCAACGAAGGUCACGAUGUUCCGUUUUUCCUUACCUCGCGAGCAUAUUCUGAUAUCGGGAUCUUCAUGAUGCAGCUGAAUACUGCCAUGUGCCCAAGAAAGGCCCCUGGAUCUUCUUCUGAGAUACGCACAUGGCAGCUUGAUGAUCCCCUCCAUCUCUCGGAGCCAGUCCAGAAGAUCCACGCCUUGCUGGGCAAAAUAGAUUCUAUUAUAGAAGAAGCGCCCCCAGACACAGGACCUCGGAGAUUUGGUAACGUCAGUUUUAGAAAGUGGUAUGAAAUUCUAAAUACAAGAGUAAGGGACUUGCUUAUUGCUCACCUUCCGGAUUCUGUUCUUAAUUUUGGUGUGAACCCCGCAAGUAACGUGUCCGUUCUGGACGAGCUGACUCCAUAUCUCCUGGGUGGGUUUGGUAGCUCUCAGCGACUUGACUAUGGUACAGGCCAUGAGCUUAGCUUUCUUGCUUUCAUUGCUUGUAUUUGGAAGCUUGGGGGCUUCACGGCCACGAAUUCAAGCGACGGGGCCUUGGAGAGGAGUAUUGUUCUAGGCAUCAUUGAACCAUACUUUCGCGUUGUUCGUCGCCUUAUUCUCACAUAUACUCUGGAGCCUGCUGGUUCACAUGGAGUUUGGGGCUUGGAUGAUCAUUCUUUCCUCCCAUACAUCCUCGGUUCCUCGCAGUACUGUCCUGCGAUUAACGAUUCUGAUCCAAUGCCUGUUGAAGGUACUCUCUCCGGCUCGCCGAAUCCUGCAGAUGUUGCGAAGAAAAAUGUGGUUGACCGCGAGAGGAAGCAUAACAUGUAUUUUGCUGCCGUCGGAUUUAUUAACGAUGUAAAGACCGGCCCAUUUUGGGAGCAUAGUCCAAUACUCUUCGAUAUUUCUGGUGUAAAAGCUGGAUGGGGAAAAAUUAACAAAGGCAUGAUCAAAAUGUACAAUGCGGAAGUUCUGUCGAAGUUUCCUGUGGUGCAGCAUUUCCCCUUCGGCUCCCUAUUCACUUGGGAACAGGAUCCCAAUGCCAUUUCUGCGAUACCUUCCGUGCACACUGCAAGCCAACCUACGAUUCACCAACCUUCGAUGACUACUGCCACGGGCCGACCUUCAGAUACCACAAACGCUCCUUGGGCGAAAACAUCGGCUCAAAUGAACGAAACUCGCCGAACAGUACCAAGUACAACCUCUUUUCAGUCUGAAAUGCCUGCAACAAGAGCUCCCUGGGCCAAGGCUCCUGGAACUCAGCAAUCAACAAGUACAGCGCCCCCUCCCGGAGGGAUGCUUGAUGGCCCAACUCGCGCGCCAUGGGCAAAGAGAUGA